UAUUUUUAUUUUUCAAUAAAAAACAUAUCCUUAAAUCUGCUCAUUUUUGUCUUCCAAUGUAUAAAUUAUUUUUUAUUUAAUAUUACUUUUAUUUUUAAGAGAUUUCUGUUAAACCUUUAUGAAUGUUUUAUCUUCUUUUCUAAAAUUCGAGUUCUUGAUAGCUGUUAACAAGAAGGGAGAAAAUUCGAUCACAAAAUAUCUGAGAGAGAAUUGGAAAAAUAUUUGGAUUCAUAAGAAAACAAUCAUAAUAAUGGAGAGAGAAGAAGUAGAUUCGCCAUUGGUUGGAGCUAGAGAAGAAGAUGAAGAAAAAAUGGGUGUGAGCAGAAAGGAAAUAGUUGAGGAAGUAAAGAAGCAACUAUGGCUAGCCGGACCUCUAGUAGCUGUGAGUCUAUUGCAGUUUUGCUUACAGAUGAUAUCAGUGAUGUUUGUGGGUCAUCUUGGUGAGUUAAGCCUCGCCGGUGCUUCAAUGGCCACCUCCUUCGCCACUGUCACCGGUUUUAGCUUGCUGUUGGGAAUGGCCAGUGCACUCGAUACAUUCUCUGGGCAAUCAUAUGGAGCAAAGCAAUAUCAUAUGCUGGGCAUACACAUGCAGAAAGCCAUGUUUGUUCUUCUACUAGUUAGCAUACCACUUGCUCUCAUCUGGGCUUGCACGAGACCUAUUCUAAUUGCUUUUGGCCAAGAUGAAGCCAUAUCAGAGGAAGCUGGAACAUACGCUUGUUUCAUGAUCCCUAGCCUAUUCGCAUAUGGCCUGCUUCAAUGCCUUAAUAAAUUCCUACAGACUCAGAAUAUCGUAUUCCCAAUGAUGAUAUGCUCAGGAAUUACGGCCUUGCUUCACAUCCUGGUGUGCUGGAUUCUAGUAUUCAAAUCCGGGCUUGAAAGUAUGGGAGCUGCUUUGGCAAAUUCAAUCUCUUAUUGGAUCAAUGUAUUGUUGUUGGCUCUUUAUGUCAAAUUCUCUCCUUCCUGUGCAAAAACUUGGGCAGGCUUCUCAAAGGAAGCCUUACAAAAUAUCCUUAGUUUCGUGAAGCUUGCAAUCCCUUCGGCUGUUAUGGUUUGUUUGGAAAUGUGGUCAUUUGAAAUGAUGGUUCUUAUAGCCGGUCUUCUUCCUGAUCCAGAGUUACAAACAUCAGUGCUUUCUAUUAGCCUUAAUACAGCAGCAACAGUUUGGAUGAUCCCCUAUGGACUUAGUGGAGCUGUGAGCACUCGGGUCUCAAAUGAACUAGGAGCAGGGCAUCCUCACCUUGCACGUUUAGCAGUUUCCAUUGUCGUCUUAAUGGCCAUUAUAGAAGGCAUUUUGGUUGGAUCAAUCUUGAUAGCCAUACGCAGAAUUUGGGGUUAUGCUUAUAGUAAUGAAAUACAGGUGGUCAAAUAUGUGGCAACGAUGAUGCCUAUUGUUGCAAUAUCCAACUUCUUAGAUGGACUCCAAUGUGUUCUUUCAGGCAUUGCAAGAGGAUGUGGGUGGCAGAAGAUUGGUGCAUUUAUUAAUCUUGGAUCUUAUUAUUUAGUUGGAAUUCCGUCAGCAAUUUUAUUUGCUUUUGUCCUUGACAUUAGUGGAAAGGGUCUCUGGCUUGGGAUCAUAUGUGCACUCGUUGUGCAAGUGUUGUGUCUUUUAACUAUUACCAUUCGCUCAAAUUGGGAGCAUGAGGCAAAUAAAGCUACCGAAAGAGUCUACAAUGCUAUGAGUGCUGUGGAUAUGACAUCAUAAAGAUGAAUUUCAGAAUAUUCAAUCUCUAGUUGGAGGGAACUUUGUCUGCUUGAGAGUAUUCACCAACUUCAACAUCAAAUCAUCUUUAUUCAUCUCGUUAACGGUUGGCCAAGUAUAGCAUGAACUACUAGAGUUUCUCUAGUUGAGAGAGAAAGAAGACAACUAAUUCUCCAAGUAAUGCAUGCACACAUAAAAGAUGGCAAAAGGAUAUUCCAUGAUAGAAUACAUAAUUAAAUAUAUUGUAGAGAUGCCUUGACUGCUAUUUCUGCUUAUUAAAAUCCAGGAGGCUCAAGUUCUUAUUA